AUGCGCUGGCACCCGAGCAUGGGCAUUCGUUUCUCCCCGAGCCCCGAGCGCGCGCCUCUGUAUCCACGACUGGAUGUCUGCCGCUUUCUUCAUGUGCCCACGACCGAUGGCCACAGCAGCAGUGAGCCUGGAGGGCUUGAUCGCGACGUUUACCACGUGCGCAUGGCCAACGAGGGCUGUUUCGGGCUGCGCGCGGCUCUGGGAAAUGAAGUGGCGGCGUCGCUAGUCCACGAAGCAUCGAAUGCCGAGCUUGACGAUGCCGGAAUAGCCAAGGGCACGGAGAGCGCCAUGUACAUGCUAGAGAGCUCCAAGGAGAACGAACCCGAGAGCCUCGACCCCGCCAGUCCUCCGCAAACACCCAUGAACUUUGUCAUGUCAACCGAACUCUUCAAAGCCGCCAAAGCUGCCGAGGCCGGCACUCCCGCCUCCUUCUGGUCCCAUACCCUAUAUGAGCACAUCAAUGCCGCCGGCGACACGGAAAAGGUCAAGGUCCACUACUGCACAAGCAAGCAUGCCACAGAGCUCGUCUGCCAGAAACACUUUCUCGGCCAGGAGAUACUCGGCUUCGAUCUUGAGUGGUCCAUCUAUGCGAACCGCAACUCUGGCCCUCGCGAAAACGUCUCCCUCAUCCAGCUUGCCAGCCCGAGCAGGAUUGGGCUCUUCCAAGUGGCCAUGUUCGCCAAGGAUGAUUUCGUUGCCCCGACCUUUCGGAAGAUCAUGGAGGAUCCCAACGUGAGAAAGGCCGGCGUCAACAUCCGGGGGGACUGCACGAGACUGAAGAACCAUCUUGGCAUCGCCGUCCAGGGCGUGUUUGAGCUCAGCCACCUGUACAAGCAGGUUAAAUACUCGGCAGCAGGAACGCCCCGCCUCAUCAACAAGUCGGUGGUGGCCAUGUCUAUCCAGGCCCAGGAGCAUCUGGGGCUGCCACUGUUCAAGGGGAACUCGGUCCGCACAAGCAACUGGCAGCAGCCUCUAAACACGUCCCAGAUCACAUAUGCCGCGGCUGACGCGUAUGCCGGCCUUCAACUCUACCACGUGCUUGAUGCAAAACGCAAGGAGCUCAAGCCUUGUCCGCCACGACCUCACCAUGCGGAGUUGGGCCUGCCGAUUCCCCGCUCGACUCCUGCCAAAACACCAAAGCCAGUCACAGCCAGGCCGCGGAAGCCCAGGGCGCCGAAACCCCAAAUCCCUAUCCCGGUUAUAAGGGACGCUCGCAUUGUCGAAGCCGAGCGCAUGGCUCAAGAAUUCCGCGCCUCUAGUCAGACGCCCGUGGCCUCACCGCUCCCUGUUCUUCGGGCCUACUACAUAUGGCACGUCAACGAGGACCUCGACCCCAUAUCGAUUGCCAAAUUACUGCGCGAUCCACCUUUGCAAACUGGCACGGUGAUUACCUAUCUUCUCAACGCCGUCGUGGAACUGAAGCUGCCGUACAGCAGGAUAAGGUUGAAGAGGGAAGUCCUGUCUUUCUUGCAUCAAACCUCGUUGAACGGGAAAUAUCGAUCACUGGCAAAGGACUGCGAGAAUGUCGAGCCACAAAUAGCAACGGCCUAA